AAACACUAUGCUUAAAAUAUGCUUCGUCCACAAAGUUUUCUAACGCUAAAAUGGAUUAGGAAUACAAUAAAAUACAAAUCAAGUUUCCAUUUUAAAUAGGAAUCUGUUAUAGCUCGAAAAUUCCAACUAGAUCCAGUGGGAUUAUAUUUUUUUUGAUGCCCAAUUUAUUAUAAUAUUCUCCAUAUCUCUAUUAUCUGCAAUAUUCAAGGCUUUGACCCAAAACACAGGAACAGAACAGAAACAGAUACACGACCGUAUCUCGUGUUCGGAGAAGAGUCGAUUGCCGGAGAAGGCGGCGGCGGACGACCGUGGAGGAUGAGCGAUCUAUUCGCGUGGCUGAUUUCCUUCUUGUUCCUCGUGUCCCUUCUCAUCAUCGUCGUUUACCAGCUGGUAUGCUUGUCGGAUUUAGAGUUCGAUUACGUAAAUCCUUAUGAUUCGUCAAUCAGAAUAAACCGGGUGGUUAUACCGGAAUUCACGGUUCAAGGAGCUCUGACCAUCUUCUAUCUCUUAACCGGACAUUGGUUCAUGGCCAUUUUGUCACUCCCAUAUCUUUGCUACAAUAUCAAACUCUAUACGAGCAAGGAACACCUAACGGAUGUUACGGAGAUAUACAAUUCGCUCAAACGGGAGCAAAAGAGACGGCUUUUCAAACUCGGCCACAUCGCUCUCUUCCUCUUCAUCACCACAUUUUGGUUGAUUCACUCGGCGUUAGAAGAUGACUAAGGUCGGAGGAAUUGUCCGUACAUGGAUGGUCUAUCGGGUCAUCGUUUCACAUACGAACUCUUCAUUUUCUUGCUCUGUCUUUUUUUUUUUGUAUCUCUCUUACGUGUACUCUACAUUUCGAUUGUCGAAAUUGAAAUUAAUGGAGAUUAGAUAAUUUUAUUCAAACGCAUAA